AUGCAACUUAUGCUCAAACGUAAGAGCCGCCGCAAGGCUGUAACCUCGCGGGACGCCAUAGAAGUCACGGCUAGGAAACGAAGUCCAGAGAAGUUCAGCGAGCGCCAGCAAACGAAACGAGAGCACUCACGUCUCAGAUCCAAGUACCUCAUGUCGGGCAGCCCGCGCACGUACCCAGCCAAGCCACCCAAGUCCCCCGCUGGGGCAGCGGCCGCCGCCGUCACCGCCGCCGGCGCCAAGGAUUUCCUGCAGGCGGACAGCAUCGCCGCCUCCAAGAACAACACCAUCUCCAGCCAGCACCGGAACAAUGUGGGCUUGUGGGCGCGGGCGUCGCCCUGUGUGGUCCCUGCUCUUCCCUCCGCCGCCCCGGCCACGCCCAGGGGCCAUCUGCAGCCUCCUCCUCCUCCGCCUCCUCCGCCUCCGCCGCGACGGAAAUGCGCCGUGACGGACACGGCUGCUGGCUGCCGGCCGCGCCAGCUGCGCAGCGCCUCCACUAAUCAAGCCACCGCCGCCGCCUCCGACUGCCUCCUCGUCUGUUGUCCUCCGCCAGCGCCGACGUCAUAA